AUGUCCAAGGAUACAGAGCAGAAAAAGAUUCCCGCAAGCCCAGCCAAGGAAUCAGCACAAGAUGAAGACACAAAACACCUCACUACAUUCAAUACGCCAUUUGGACGCUACAGGUAUCUCAGACUCCCUUUAGGACUCAAGUCAUCACAGGAUGAGUUUCAGACAAAGAUAGAUGAAUGUUAUGAAGGUCUUAAUGGUGUCGUAGCUCUGGUCGAUGAUAUUCUUGUAUUUGGUCAAACUAAAGAAGAGCACGACAGGAACUUGCGUUCUUACAAGGUCAAAAGAGGUGUUAAGCUGAACAAAGAUAAGUUAGAGGUUGGGGUCACAAAGGUCAAGAACUUUGAUCAUUUACUAACCUCCGAGGGUGUGGGUCCAGACCCUGAUAAAGUUUCUGCAGUCCGAGACAUGAAACCCCCAAGGGAUAAAUCAGAAUUAGAAACCUUUCUUGGAAUGGUCACUUAUUCAGCCAAAUUUGCACCCAAUUUGUCUGAAAUAACAAGUCCCCUUAAAAUGCUACUUGCUAAAGAUGUGAUAUUUCAUUGGGAUAGUUCCCAGGUUGAAGCAUUUGACAAGGUCAAGGACCUAAUCACUAAUAGCCCUAGUCCUCGAUUCCAUCAAUAUAUCUAUGGUCGAAAGGUCAAAGUUCAGAGGGAUCACAAGCCAUUAAUUGCUAUUUUCAAGAAAGCACUAUUUGCUGCCCCACCUAGAUUACAACAGAAGUUGUUACAAUUACAGAACUAUUACCUGGAAAUGGACUAUGUUCCAGGGAAACAAAUUCCAGUUGUUGACUCUUUGUCACGCAAUUUUGUAGAUGAAACAUUCCAAAGUUUUCUAAAGACAUGGAAGCCCAUAGACUGCCCCUAUCAAAGUAUAGAACUCUGGAAUCACAGAGAUGAACUGACCAUCACAGAUGGUAUCUUGCUUAAGGGUACCACAGUUUUGAUUCCCCACUCACUUAGAGCUAAGAUACUAGAAUGUAUUCACAUAGGUCACAUGGGUAUUGAGAAAUCACUCAGGAUCGAGGGCACGCACAUCAGUAUUUUGGCCGAAAUCUCAUCUGAUAUCAAAGACUUAGUGUCACAUUGUGAUGUACAUCUAAAGAACAGAUGCUCAAACCCAAAGCAACCCCUCCAACCACACCCGGUACCUGAUUAUCCCUGGAAGAUUGUUGCCACAGAUUUGUUCUUUUGGGACAACAAAGAUUUUUUGAUUGUCACUGACUACUAG